AUGCCCACCACUACGCGAGCUGCUGCGAAGGCCACUGCUGGGGGAUCCCAGGACAUUUGCGAGAGAUGCAAAACUCCUCAUCACGUAGCAGAAAUGGUAGCCUGUGACCGAUGUCGACGUUGGUACCAUCGUGCGUGUGCGGAGGUGGCGGAGAGCUUCAGCGGUAAGUGGACAUGCAAGGAUUGUACUUCCAUAGUGACGAUCAGUGGAGCCUCGAUUUCGGGAAGAACCAGUAGCACAUCUCGGUCAACACGGGUUCAGCUACAACUCAUGCGACUGGAAGAGGAGAAAAGGGCCCAGGAGAAACUGAUCCAGGAACAGCAGGAGCAGGAUCGUAUCCUGCAGGAGAAGGCUCGGGCCGCGAAAGCUGCGCUAGAUAAAAGGUACCUCGACGAGAAGUAUGCCCUGCUUCUAGCUGAUGCUGAAGACGACGAUGCUGGGAGCCACAGGAGUCGUCGCAGCCGUUCGAGCAGGAGCAGUCAGGUGAGAAUGUGGAUCGACGGACUGGAUGAAGCUGCCGGGGGGAAUCCAAUCCCACAGCACGUAGAGGACAUCUUUCCGCCGAUUACGAUUGGCAGUGAGGUCAACGUACCCGUCGGCGGAAUACUCGCGAAAUAUACAGGAGCAGUUCGUAAAAUUCCACCAAAUCCAUCGGUAGUUGGGACAAGCGAUGAAAAUCAACAACGAUCAUCCAGGCCGGCAAUCGACUGGCUCGCCGAUAACGUUGGUACUGAGGUGUUUACACAGCCAGUGUAUACACAGUCGGUGAUUGCACAACCUAUGCAACCUCCACCCGUUCGGCCGAAGCUCGUACCACGACCGCCACUACCAACGUUCUUGUUUCAAGAACCAAUUUCAAGGCCAUCAGCUGAUCACGUACGUUCGUCGCUCCCACCGAUAAGUGAAUCACCGCUGCUACAGUCGAGAGUCGGACAGCGUACACAGAUGCCCUCAUCGAAUCCUGUACCACAACAGCCACACACAUCUCGAGCGUUUGUAUCGCCACCGUCGCAGCAACCGCAGGUAGUGCAGUCGCCGGUUGAUGCUUCUAUCCAGUUAGCAGAGCAAAUAUCGAGCAUGCAACUACCACCAACGACACGGGCGUCGUUCUCUCAGCUGUCUUCUCGGCAGCCACGCACACUUGCGUCGGUGAUGUGUGAUCAGUUAGUGGAACAAUCGCAGCCCCCAUCUGUGUUGCGAGAAUCAAUUUCGUACACCCCGGAACCACAGCAUCCAUCCGAUCCGGAGAGAUUGGCAUCGCGAUCACCGGUCCAGCAGACGACGACGUCGUCAGUAUCGCUACAACAACAGAGCGAGCAACAUGCUGCCCAACUGCAGCAGAUACAAGAUCAGCAAUCGUUGUGGGGACAAUUCCAGCAGCAGUUAUCGGCCAGACAAGUGGUGCCGAAGGAGCUUCCAGUUUUUACUGGCUGCCCCGAAGAAUGGCCACUUUUUAUUAGCAGCUUCUGUAAUUCCACAGCGAUGUGUGGAUAUUCUCAAGCUGAGAAUUUAAUGCGACUGCAAAAAUGCCUUAAGGGCAGAGCAUUAGAGGCCGUUCGGAGUAACCUUUUGCUGCCAUCUUCGGUCCCGAAAGUGAUGGAAACACUUGAAACAUUGUUCGGGAGCCCAGAGCGACUAGUCCAGUCGCUGCUCAACAAAGUGCGCGGCGUUCCUACUCCGAAGGCUGAAAGGCUCGAGAGCCUGGUGAAUUUCGGCUUGGUCGUGCAAAACCUAGUCGGUCAUUUGAAGGCUGCCAACCAGCAAGCCCAUCUGUCCAAUCCAACUUUACUGCAGGAGCUGGUGGAUAAGUUGCCACCACACCUUCGACUGGACUGGGCAUUAUUCAAAAGGAACUGUGGUGUCGUCGAUUUGGGAACGUUCUGCGACUACAUGAGUGCCAUCACGUCAGCAGCGAGUGAUGUGGCCCACUUCACGGAUUUUGACGGACCUCGCGCUGUUGAAAACGAGAAACCGAGGAGGGAGAAGGCCUACAUCAACGCUCAUGUGUCGGCCGAACCACGGAGAUUCGAGCAGCAUGGAAAGAAAGUGGAUACCCAAGAGAGACCUUGCUAUGUCUGCCAGAGCGUGAAGCACCGAAUAAGGGACUGCAACAAGUUCAAGUCCAUGUCGUUCGGGGAUCGCAUGAAGGCGGUAGAAAAUCACCAACUUUGCUUGGUUUGUCUGGUGCCACAUGGAAAAUGGUCUUGCAAAUCCACUCUACCAGUGGUAUUGCACGGAAAGGAAGCCAAGAUUUCUACCUUUGCGUUCCUCGACGAAGGCUCAUCAUCUACACUGAUUGACCAGGAGGUAGCUGACCUCUUGAACCUUGAGGGUAAACGGCAACCGCUGUGCCUCACAUGGACUUCGAAGGUUUCCCGUCAUGAAAGUGAUUCUAGGAUGGUUUCACUGAGGAUUUCUGGGAAAGAAGACAGCGAAAGUUUCCCUCUGUUGGAUGUUAGCACUGUGCGUCAGCUGGAUCUUCCGGUGCAGACACUACAGUACGAUGAAUUGUCGCGUCGGUACACGUAUUUGGCCGGACUUCCGGUUAAAAGCUACAAGGACGCUAUUCCGAGAAUCCUGAUUGGAUUGGACAACAUAAAGCUGUCGUUGCCUAUCAAGAUACGAGAAGGGCGGCACAGCGAACCAGUGGCAGCGAAAACUAGGUUGGGUUGGACUGUCUUCGGAAGCACUGACGGCACUAAAGUGAACUUUCGGUCCCCAGUAUUGCACAUCUGCAAGAGCACAGAGGAAACCGACCUACACGACCUGGUGAAAGGUUACUUUGCAAUGGAGAACCUUGGCGUUUCCGUAGCUGAUGGACCAGAAGCAGAAGAAGAUCGACGAGCGAAGGAGAUUCUACGGCGAACGACGAUCAAGCGUGCUGACGGACACUAUGAAACCGGAUUACUGUGGCGGUACGAUUCAGUGGAAUUACCAUCGAGCUACGGUAUGGCCGAACGUCGUUUGCUUUGCCUGGAGCGGAAGCUGAGAUCUAAUCCAGAACUGAAAGAGAGCUUGGAAAGGCAAAUUUCCGAGUACCAGGUUAAAGGCUAUGCUCACAAAGCAACACCCCAGGAGUUGGCAAAUAGUGAUCCGCACCGUACAUGGUAUCUUCCACUAGGAGUGGUAACGAACCCACGUAAGCCAGGGAAAGUGCGUAUUAUCUGGGACGCGGCCGCCAAGGCGAAUGGUGUGUCUCUUAAGAUGUUCUGCUGA